AUGGAAAACCUCACCAUGGAUAACAUGACUAUGGAGAAUGACACGUCGGUGCACCACAACCAGACCCUGGGUGUCUGGACCGACUACACAAUCGAAUACAAAGUGGUCAGCGUGUUUUUGGUGUCCCUCAUAUGCGGGGUGGGGAUCGUUGGCAACAUGAUGGUCAUCCUGGUGGUCCUGACCACCAAACACAUGCGGACUCCCACCAACUGUUACCUGGUGAGUCUGGCGGCCGCUGACCUGAUGGUGCUGACGGCCGCCGGGCUGCCCAACAUCACCGACGCGCUGCACGGACAGUGGGUGUACGGCUACGUGGGCUGCCUGGGCAUCACCUACUUCCAGUACCUCGGGAUCAACGCGUCCUCCUGCUCCAUCACCGCCUUCACCGUGGAGCGCUAUAUCGCCAUAUGCCAUCCCAUCAAAGCGCAAUUCUUGUGCACUUUAUCCAGAGCGAAGAAAAUCAUCAUGCUGGUGUGGGCGCUCACGUCUGUCUAUUGCGUCAUGUGGCUCUUUCUGUCAGACACUAAAAAGUUGGUGUACGAGAACGUGGUGCUGCUUGACUGCGCCUACAAAGUGUCCCGGAGCCACUACCUGCCCAUCUACUUCACGGAUUUCACGGUGUUCUACGUGCUGCCGCUCAUGCUGGCCACGGUGCUGUACGGACUGAUCGCCAGGAUACUUUUCCUGAACCCGCUGCCUUCCGAUCCCAAAGAGAGCUCCAAGAAGUGGAAGAAGGAGACGAGCCAGGGCGGUAGGAUGAUCAGCAGCAACUCCUCCAGCAGCACCACGGCUGCCUCCCGCAGACAGGUGACAAAGAUGCUAGCUGUGGUGGUGAUCCUCUUCGCCUUACUUUGGAUGCCCUACCGGACCUUGGUGGUGGUCAACUCCUUCCUGCACAAGGCCUACCUGGACCCCUGGUUCCUGCUCUUCUGUCGUCUCUGCAUUUACCUGAACAGCGCCAUCAACCCCGUCAUCUACAACGCCAUGUCCCAGAAGUUCCGCGCCGCUUUCAAGAAGCUGUGUCACUGUGGUCCUCAGCGCAUGGAGAAACCUGCCUCCUACAGCGUGGCGCUCACCUACAGUGUUAUCAAAGAGACGUCAAACGGGGAAAGUCCUGACCACUUCACCACUGAGAUGGACGAGCUGCACACACCGUCGGAUCAGUACCUACCUGCCAGCAUCCUGCCAAGUGCCAAGAAGAUGCCCUAUGAGGAGCCUUCGCUGUCAGGCAGAGAUGUCAAAGUGUGA